GCACCGUGUAAUGGAGUCUCAGUUGGUGAGCGGCCAUUGAGAGGGAAGGGAGCCCUGCUGAGAGGGGUCAGGGGGGCCUGGAACUGAGCUCCGUCUGCCGCUUUACCGAUUGUUUUUUUAUCACGGUUUCCGUUUUUCGUCGGUUGUGAGCUGACUUUCCCGCUUGUAAACUUGUUUUAUUUUUCGACGUGACCCUUCGCUGAAGGUUGGCCCGGGGAAAUGGAGAUGAAGAAGCGCAUCACCCUGGAGUUGAGGAACAGAACCCCGGCUAAGGUGUCGGAGCUGGUUCUAGACAACUGCCGGUCAAGUGAUGGGGAGGUUGAAGGCUUAAGCGAUAGCUUUAAGGAGCUGGAAUUUCUCAGUAUGGCGAACGUAGAACUCUCUUCUCUGGCAAAACUCCCACAGCUGACGAAACUCAGAAAAUUGGAACUUAGCGAUAACAGUAUCUCUGGAGGGCUGGAAGUAUUAGCGGAAAGGUGUCCUAAUCUCACUUACCUGAACCUGAGUGGUAACAAGAUUAAGGAUUUGACCACAGUGGAAGCCCUUACAAACUUAAAAAACCUAAAGAGUUUGGACCUCUUCAACUGCGAAAUUACUAACCUAGAAGAUUACAGAGACAACAUAUUCCGCAAACUCCCACAGAUCACAUACCUGGAUGGGUUUGAUCAGGAAGAUAACGAAGCCCCUGACUCUGAAGAGGACGAAGAUGAAGAGUGUGAGGACUUCGAGUAUCUGGAGGAUGAGGAUGAAGAAGCUGGCCCUCCUGAAGAGUCCGAAGAGGAAGAUGAGGAGGAAGGGGAGUCUGAUUUAGGAGAAGAGGAGGAAGAAGUGGGUCUCUCAUACUUGAUGAAAGAAGAAAUACAUGAUGAAGAAGACGACGACGAUUAUGUUGAAGAUGGUGGAGAAGGAGAGGAGGAAGAGGAUGAUGAUGAAGAAGAGGAAGCAGUUGAACAGGGGGAGAAAAGAAAACGGGAUGCAGAAGAUGAAGGGGAGGAGGAUGAGGAUUGAGACCGUAUUUGUGGGAGGCUAGGACCAGUCUCUUCUCUGAGCCCUGGGGUUGAUGCUAGAAUGAUAAUGCAGAUCUGUAUGUCUCUACAUGUACAAUAGAUGUCCCUACAGAAUUUAACAUGUAACUUUUUUAUAGGAAAAGGUGUGGUUUUAAGAUUUUUGUGCCCUUUUUAUCAUUCCAAAUAAAACAUGAGGAUCCUUGUAA